UUCUUUCUUCCAAAAAAACUCGAAAUCUCUUAGAAACCAAGUUUGGAUCUCUGCAAUCAUCAUCAAUCAUCAUCAUCACCUCUCUCUUUCUCCAUUUCAAGAUUAUAUCAAACAUUUCACCGUCUCUGUUAUUUAGGUUUCAGGAGAGGUGAAUCAAUAAAAAUAAAAUAAAAUGGCAGAUAAACCGGUUCUUCAAAAACCACCAGGUUACAGAGAUUCAAACAUGGCCACUCCUUCCCCUCCUCCCCCUCUCAGACCACAGCAACAACCACCACCCAUGAGAAAAACCGCCGGAAUGCCUUCUUCUUUCCGACCAAAGCCAAAACGCGGAAGCUGUUGUCGUACCUGCUGCUGUUGCGUCUGCAUUACUCUCGUCCUCGUCAUCUUCCUCCUCUUAGUCGCAACCGCCGUUUUCUACCUCUGGUUCGAUCCAAAGCUCCCUAUUUUCAGCCUCGCCUCUUUCCGCCUCGACGGAUUCAAACUCUCCGACGAUCCCGACGGCGCGUCUCUCUCCGCCACCGCCGUGGCCCGCGUGGAGAUGAGGAAUCCCAACGCGAAACUCGUUUUCUACUACGGGAACACCGCCGUGGAGAUGAGCGUUGGCAACGGAAACGACGAGACGGGGAUGGGAGAGACGACGGUUAACGGGUUCCGACAAGGUCCGAAGAACUCGACGAGCGUGAAAGUGGAGACGUCCGUGAAGAACCAGCUCCUGGACAGAGGAUUGGCUAAGAGACUCUCGGCCAAGUUUCAGAGCAAAGAUUUGGUUAUGAAUGUUGUGGCCAAGACCAAAGUUGGAUUAGGUGUCGGCGGGGUUAAGAUCGGAAUGCUCGCCGUUAAUUUGAGAUGCGGCGGCGUUAGCUUGAACAAGCUUGAUACUGAUUCACCUAAAUGCAUCCUCAAUACACUCAAAUGGGUGAAUAUACAGUAAUGAGGAAGUAAGAAUUCGAAAAUGGUGGUGAUCUAACAUUGUAUGAAUAUAUGUAACUAUAUUGUAGAUAAAUAUAUAUAUAUAUAUAUAUAUAUACCUUUACUAUAUUCUUUUUUUGAUCAAAUUACUAUAUUCUAUUUUCGUGUUUUAUAUAUUUAAUGUUUGGGUAUUUGACUACAUUGAGAUGGAGCAUAUAGAGAGAGUGAUGUGUUACAUUUUCGUGUGUGAUAGAUUUUUUGUUGGUGUAAUAUUUUGUUGUGAGCUUGGGAGGAAAACAUAUAUGUAAUGUGAUGAGUAUUUUUUUAAAUGAUAACAACUUGGUUACAAAGCAUA